AUGAUAAGUUGUAUUGUCCAAAGGCAACAAAUAUCGUUUUUAGUUGAAAUUAAUUAUUUGUAUUGUACAUUUAUUUGUUUUCAUUUUUCUUUUCCUCAUCCUCCUCCAUCACAUUUCUCUCUUUUUCUUACCAUUUUAAAAUCUUCAAAAAUAAAACGUGCCGACUUUCAUAUUGGAAAUGCUAAAUUACCAUACAUUACCAUCCAUUGA